AUGUCAAAACCAUGGGCCGACACGCCAUUGAGAUUAAUCUCAGAGACGCGGUUCAAAGAACGCUCUGAUAUCCCAGAUGGCCAUUUCGCAAUUACCUGUGCCCAGAACAUGGCCAGCCUCCACAACGUAAUCAUCCGCUCAUUCAACUCUUCGUACAACCAGUGUCUCGCCAUCAAACCGGACACCGUCGAUGCGACCGACUUUAUUUUCUACAACAAAACCUUGUAUAACAAUAUACGUAGCCACCACGGCAUAGAGGAAGAUUUCAUGUUUCCCGAACUGGUAAAACUCACUGGAAUCCAAGACAUCAUGGACCGAAAUAUACAACAGCACAAGGACUUCGAGGAAAGCCUUGAGAAGUUCCGUGAAUAUGUGUUUCAGGUUGAUGCUAAGUCGUAUGACGGGAAAAAAUUGCAGGGGCUCCUGCAUGAUCUAGGACCAGUGCUCCAUAAGCAUUUAACGGAAGAGAUCCCGACGCUCCUGGAUCUUGCAAAGUAUGAUGCGAAAAAAUUGGAGCCUUGGUGGCACCUUACCUCUAAAUAUGCGCAGAAACAUGUUGAUCCAUUCGGAAAUGCACCACUAACGUUGGGCUGUAUUGAUAACACAUUCCUUCUGGAUGGUAAACCUCUCAUCUACCCACCUGUCCCGACGUUUGUCAAGUACCUAUCGAAAUUCGUUCUUGAGCGGCGGUAUGCAGGUGCAUGGCGUUUCAAUCCGUGUGAUGCAUUCGGGAAUCCCAGGCCUCUUGUCUUUCCGAAUCCAGACUGUACUACAGAAUAA